GCGGAAUUGACGUGUCGCGAAGACUGGAAGGCUUCGCAGGUUGCUAAGCGACGAGGCGGGAGAGCGCGCGCACGCAUGGGCCUCUGGGGAGUACUUGGGGGGAUUGUGGCUGCCGCAGCUCCGAAACGCUGGAGACAGAGCUAGCGUGCCGUGGCCAGCACGGUCUCCUUCCUUACUUGCCAGGGGACGCUCCUCUGUGGUAGUGUCGGGUGACGAGGACGGAGAUUUCUUCUGCCUUCAGAUGUCUUUCUGCUUGACUGAACUGCACCUGUGGUCUUUGAAGAAUACCUUACACAUUGGGGAUAGAGACAUAGGGAUCUACCAGUAUUAUGACAAGAAAGACCCAGCAGUAUCAGUGACAGAGCAUGGUGACUUAGAAGAAAAGCAUAAGCUGGCAGAAUCACGAGAUUAUCCAUGGACACUCAAAAAUAGACGCCCAGAAAAACUUCGAGACUCACUCAAGGAGUUGGAGGAGCUGAUGCAAAACAGUCACUGUGUGCUGAGCAAAUGGAAGAACAAAUAUGUCUGUCAGCUCCUCUUUGGUUCAGGUGUGCUGGUGUCCCUAAGCCUCUCUGGGCCGCAGCUGGAGAAAGUAGUGAUUGACAGAAGCCUGGUGGGGAAGCUCAUCUCAGACUCCAUCAGUGAUGCUCUUCUUACAGACAACUUUAUCAUCUUAUCAUUUUUGGCACAAAACAAACUAUGUUUUAUUCAGUUUACCAAGAAGAUGGGUUCUCCUGAUGUUAACAAAAGACUGGAAAAACUCUCAGCCUUGGAUUAUAAGAUUUCCUAUUCUGAGAUACCGGGCCCAGUAAACAGGACAGCAGACCGUCAUCUAGCCAUCAAUUGUGUUCAAGAUACAGUUGUUUGCUGGUGGCCGCUGGUCAGUGAUGAUGCCUGGCCUUGGGCCCCCAUUUCUCCUGAGAAGGACAGAGCCAAUCUGCUGCUCCUAGGUUAUGCUCAAGGAAGACUGGAGGUUCUGAGCUGUGUCCGCACAGAAUGGGAUCCGCUGGAUGUUCGCUUUGGCAAUAAACAGCCUUAUCAGGUGUUGACAGUGGAGCACUCCAUCAGUGUAGACAAAGAGCCCAUGGCUGACAGCUGCAUCUAUGAAUGUGUUCGGAAUAAAAUCCAGUGUGUGUCAAUAACCAGAAUACCACUAAGAUCGAAGGCCAUUAGCUGCUGCAGGAAUGUUACUGAAGACAAACUGAUUCUGGGCUGUGAAGAUUCUUCAGUAAUUCUUUAUGAAGCUCACCGUAGAGUAACUCUCUUAGCCCAGGCUAAACUUUUGCCUUCAUUAAUAAGCUGCCACCCAAGUGGCGCCAUUCUACUAGUUGGCAGCAACCAAGGGGAGCUGCAAAUUUUUGAUAUGGCUCUAUCCCCUAUUAACAUCCAGCUCUUGGCUGAAGACCGCUCACCCAGGGAGACUCUGCAGUUCAAUAAAUUCUUUGACAUUUCCAGCAGUCUUGUUCAAAUGCAGUGGAUAGCUCCUCAGGUGGUUUCUCAGAAGCCUAAAAGUGGGGACAUCUAUGAUCUCCUCUUCCUCAGGUUUGACAGAGGACCUUUGGGUGCACUUUUGUUUAAACUUGGUAUCUUCACACGAGGACAGCUGGGCCUGAUAGACAUCAUAUUCCAAUACAUUCACUGUGAUGAGAUAUAUGAGGCGAUAAAUAUCCUGAGCAGUAUGAACUGGGACACUCUGGGCCACCAGUGCUUUAUCAGCAUGAGUGCCAUUGUGAACCAUCUUCUUAGACAAAAGCUCACUCCAGAGAGAGAAGCACAGCUUGAGGCAAGCCUUGGAACCUUCUAUGCUCCAACAAGACCACUUCUGGAUACAACUAUAUUGGAAUACAGAGAUGAAAUCAGCAAAUAUGCAAGAAGAUUCUUCCAUCACUUGCUCAGGUACCAGAGAUUUGAAAAGGCAUUUCUGUUAGCUGUUGACAUUGGUGCUCGUGACCUGUUUAUGGACAUCCAUUACUUUGCACUAGAUAAGGGUGAAUUGGCACUGGCUGAAGUGGCAAGAAAAAGAGCUAGUGACAUUGAUGCAGAAUCAAUAACCUCUGGAGUUGAACUCCUGGGGCCUUUGGACAGAGGAGAUACGCUAAAUGAAGCUUUUGUUGGCCUAUCUUUAGCUCCUCAAGGAGAAGACACAUUUCCAGAUGACCUCCCUCCCUUUUGUUCAGUCCAUAAACAUAUUCAACAAAGAACACGGAAUGUCUCUUCUAACAGACAAGUACUUGACAGAAGAAAUGAACUUGAAAAAGACACCUGUGCUGAAUCUUUGAUGACUAAGACCUGUAAUGAAGAAGGAACUUGGAGAUGGUGGUUCUCUCAGAAUGGUUCACUUUGGUUUGGUAUAAACAAUGAGAAACUAUUUUACUUAAAUAAAACAACACAUUUCUCACAUCUAAAAUCUUUCAUGGCCUGAUACAGAGUAAAAUCUCCCUAUACAGAUUAAAAAGAGAAAAGACAAUAUGAAUUAGUUAAGUGUUUUAAAUUGAGAGUAUUCUCAAGCUACAUUUUAUUAGUUUCAAAAACAUGUAACUUACCAGCAGUGAUCCUAAGUAGAAGUCCUUAACUUAUUUUCAAUAAUUUAAAAUUUUUGAAGUUUCUUAAAUUAUAUAUUAUUGGGUAUAAAAAGUAAAAUAUUUAAACUUGGUUCUCCCAAGCAUUUUAAACAUUUACUCUUGUGAACUUGUUUACAUUACUAAUUUGCAUUAUGAAUAAGAUAUUUACUAAGCAAAACUCCCAGACCCAUUGCUGGGAGGCAGUUUUCUAUGGGUCUCUUGAAUUAUGGCUAUGAGGCAAAGAAUGCCCCUUGGAGCCAGAUACCAUCUCCCUCUAGAGCAUAGACCAGACAUGCUUACUGCCCAUUUGAAAAGUUCUGUUUUGGGGGCAUCUGGGUGACUUAGUGGGUUCGGCCUCCAACUCUUGAUUUCGGCACAGGUCAUGAUCUCACAAUUCAUGGGUUUGAGCCCUGUAUGGGCCUCUGUUCUGACCGUGCAGA